AUGAGCAAUAUCGUGCGCCAAAGCAAAUUCCGGCACGUGUUCUGCAAACCGGUGAAGCACGAGCAAUGUAUGUCCGAUGUACGCAUCACCGAGAUCACCUGGGAUUCGCUGUUCUGCGCAUGCAACACCAAAUUUAUCGCGAUCAUUUGCAAGGGUGCCGGCGGACCAUUCCUUGUGCUACCCAUCAACAAGGUACCACCCAUCCAUUCAUUACUUUUUUGA